ACUGGGAGAACAAAGAGUGUUUUGCCUGGUGCUGGAAGAUGCAUGAGGUCAGGGCAAAGCACGUUUCCCCGGGCAGUGAGUUCCAUAAGCAGGGUGCCACAACCAGGCAGGCCCUUGCGUGGGUAGCCAGCUUCCUCGCAUCCUUUAACCGCGGCUCCCGGGCAAGGCCCUCAGGGGAUGAUCUUAAGGUCCAAGGAGGCAUGUCUGGAUGGUCUCUGCCUCAGCAAGGACCUUCUGCAUCCUGCUCAGGACUGCACUGCUAUCUAAGGGCCUCCAGAUAGCACCGUUAAAGUAUGGCUUUAUGCCACGAUGGACAUGUCUCUCAGUAUAAUCUAGUACAAUCUUGAACACAUCCAAGCAGCAGCUAGCACUGACCAUUUCAAGGCACUCUGUCCCCUAGUACAUGUAUAUGAAGCUGUGCUCCAUGGGAUUUAGAGGAAGUUGCUCUAAAAAUAUGCGCAGAACCUAUAUGUACUGCAGCAAUCUAUUCCAUGGGGACGGGGUAAACCCCAGGCAUAUUUAUUUGGACCCAGUGUCCAUGCAUCAAAUGCAUCCUGAUCGAUGUGCAUAUAGGGUAGGGUUGCCACUCUACCUGGGAGUAAGGAACAUCACACUCAGUGGCACUUCUAAAAGGGUUUGGAUGAAGUUUGUUCAUCAGUUCACAGCUCUGGUGAAAAGGGAAGUAAACACACAGCAGUGCUAAAUCCGAAGGGCCUGGAGUCAGAGAUGUUCGGAAAUGGGCGGAGCAAGGCACCAGCUUCGGAAAUGUGUGAUCAGGCCUCUUCUUUAUAAAGGAAGGAGGAGGCAAGAACUGCCCAAAGAAACAGGGAUAACGGAGAAUUUGUCACUUCCCAGCAUCUGAGGACCCAUUGGUCUGGUUUGGUUCCCCAGCUACACACCGGCAUUUGCCACCACCAUGAAGAUUCUCCUGGGACUCUUGCCUUGCUUUGUCUUCAUAUAUACAAGUGCUUCUCUGGAAUGCGAGGUCUGUGCAGGUGUCGGCACCAGCUGUACGGGCAUCAUGCAGACCUGUGAGGCUGGCAAGGACACCUGUGUUAUUGCUGUGUCUGAAAGCUCUCUGGCUGGAUUCCACGUCCAGACAAUAGCCAAGACCUGUGAAUCUUCCAGCGUCUGCAGGUAUGGGCCGCAGUAUAUGCACUUUGGUCACGGGCAAAACCUGAGGGCAAGGAUUACCUGCUGUGUCGGGGCAGCCUGUAGAACCGCCGUUCCUCAAUUGCCUCCAGUCAUCAUCAAACCCAACGGGAAGCAAUGUCCGAGCUGCUACUCUUUGUUUUCGGGCACCUGUAAUGAGGAGGAGAUGGUGGACUGUGUUGGACCGGAGAGUGAAUGUCUCGAUUUAGCUGCAACAGUUGUUCAUGGAACUGUUGUUGCCAACACUCUCCAGAAAGGCUGCGUCACCAAGGGGGUUUGUAGUGAUUUGAAAGUGGGUGAAUCAGAUAUCGGGGGGAUUCGCUCCAUCAUCACCAGUGCUGUGUGCAAAGGAGCCAACUCCACCUCGGCCUGAAAGAUGGCUUGAUCAACAACAACCUUCUCAGGAUAAGCUGGACUCCUGCAGGUGAAGAACCCCUUUUUAAUCCCUUUGUGUUGGGCUGCAUUGCUUGGAAUCUGUAUAAUGUCUCUGUGUUGCUUCUCCAUAAGGUCCUCCAACCCGAGGUCACUCAUGGCACUUAAUUGUCUAUUCUAUGUGAAAAAAGUACUGAUGUGCAUUAAAACAGAUGAAAGGUGUUCCUUUUUAA